UGCACCCCGUCGUAACGCAAUGACGCCACAGGACAUCAACAACUCACACGUGGCCUAGAACGUGCUAGCAACACCUGCUCAGGUGCUUCGCGACGCAGAGCGCCCUAAUAUAUCAGAACUAGUCGCCUUGACGUGUCCGCGGUGCCGCACCUGAGCCAACAUGCCCCCGAAGAAACCCGCUCAGGCCGCGGGGAGCAAAAAGACCCAGGAGAAGAAGAAGGAGAAGAUCAUCGAGGACAAAACAUUCGGCCUGAAGAACAAGAAGGGCGCCAAGCAGCAGAAGUACAUCAAGAACGUCACUCAGCAAGUGAAGUAUGGACAACAGAGCGCCCGACAGGCGGCGCAGACCGAGGCUGAGAAGGGCGGCAAGAAGGGAGACAAGAAGAAGGAACUGGACGAACUCAACGAGCUCUUUAAACCCGUCGUCGCUGCUCAGAAAGUUAGCAAAGGAGUUGAUCCAAAGUCGGUGCUGUGUGCGUUCUUCAAGCAGGGCCAGUGCACCAAAGGUGACAAGUGCAAAUUCAGCCACGACUUGUCCAUGGAGAGGAAGUGUGAGAAGAGGAGCGUCUACGUGGACGAACGGGACGAGGAGCUGGAGAAAGACACCAUGGAGAACUGGGACGAGAAGAAGCUGGAGGAGGUGGUCAACAAAAAACAUGGGGAGGCGGACAAGAAGAAAGCCAAAACUCAGAUCGUGUGCAAGUACUUCCUGGAGGCCAUUGAGAAUAAUAAGUACGGCUGGUUCUGGGUGUGUCCCUCCGGCGGUGACACCUGUAUGUACCGACACGCCCUGCCACCUGGCUUUGUGCUGAAAAAAGACAAGAAGAAGGAGGAGAAGGAGGAGGAGAUCUCACUAGAGGAGCUGAUCGAGAAUGAGCGAGCAGCUCUCGGCCCAAACGUGACCCGGAUCACACUGGAGUCUUUCCUGGCCUGGAAGAAGAGGAAGAGGCAGGAGAAGGUGGACAAAGCCAGGGAGGAGAUGGAGAAGAAGAAGGCAGACUUUAAGGCUGGCAAAUCUCUAGUGGUGAGCGGGCGUGAGGUGUUCGAGUUCCGCCCGGAGCUGGUCGAUGAUGAUGACGAUGAAGCUGACGACACUCGAUAUGCCAAUGAGGAGUCAGAGGAGGAAGAAGAGGAGGAGAUUGAAGCUGCUAACAUCCAGGACAUAGACCUAUCCCGGUUUGUUCCCCAAGAGGUGGACCACACGGGUAUCACAGUAGCAUCCACGGACAGGUUCUCCAGAGACCACAGGGGGGGCACAGACGCCAGCAGCCAGGAGCUGAUGAACGGAGCGUGUGGAGGGGGAGAGGCCAACGGGCUCUCGGGGACACCGGAGGAAGAAGAGGACGGAGGGGGUGAGGAGGACGUGCCGGUGGAUGAAAACCUGUUUACGGGAGAAGAUCUGGAGGAGCUGGAUGAGGAGCUGAACACACUGGAGCUGGAAGACUGAAGCUCGGCUCAGCGGACGGUCCAAAGAUUCUCACUUCAGACUCCGGUUCUUACCCUGACCUGUCUGCACCCCACCUGAACUCAUUCAUGAAAACUUGUUUUUGCUUCACCACUGGAUGUUCUUCCUCCAUCUGAUCCGUCAGACUCCAAACAUUGAUUUGCAGAAUCAGCCUCAGCAAUAAACUGCAGCCGGUUCUUCCCUGGACUGACCCACUGCAAGGGACUGGACUGGGGUUCUGCAACCGUCAGAUCUAAAACCUGAUUCAUUUCUGAAGUAGGAAUCUGAGUGGGGUUGUUUUUGUUGAUCUGGGAUUCUGCCUCUUCAGUGUUGUCAUUUGGGAAGUUUGCAUCCGGAUGACGACGGAGAGGAAAAACCCAAAACACUUCAAAUGAAAUGUUUUAAAUGAAGCAGCAAUAAAAGAGAGAAAAGCC